GUUGUAGCGUAAGAUGAUAUAAAUCAUAGAUGCACACGAGUUUGAAUCAUAAUUUAAGUGCUGUUAAUAAAAUACUGUACAAGAAGGAAAAUGAACAAUCAAGAGAAUGAUAAAAAAACUGAUAUGUUCCUUAUUAUAAUGAGAAACGAACAUUCGUAAAGGAGAAGAAGAGAAAUUGCAUCCCAUGACAUCUGCUUGUAUACAAUGGUUGUUUGCAAAUACUAUCGACAAGGCAAUUGCCGUUACGGACAGUAUUGUCAAUAUGAACACAUUAAUAACUUUGGUGACCCUAAAGUGGAAUACGACGAUGAACUCGUUGUCACUGUGGUCAAAGAGGUACUCCUUGCGGAAAAAGGUGGACAAUGGUUAUUGUCAUCUUUCGGUCCACUCAAGGAACGUCCGUGUAUCCCAGGCUUGGAAGAUGUGUCUCCAGAGGAAGUUCGAUGGGAAAUGUAUCAGGCACGGAAGAAUGGCAUGGUUGAGCAAGCCAAACUACGUUUUCAACAACUAUGUCAAGAUAUGAAGGCAAAGAGAGGGGCGCUAAAAAAUCCUACUCGAGAAACGAUCGCAAUGUUGAAAAAGAUUUUAGGAAGCGGUCAAAAAGCUUCUCAAUUGGGCCUAGCCAAUAACACAUCGACUAAUAAUGUGUUCGCAAAUAAAACAUACGGCGUGCAAAGUAAUAAUCCGUUUGGCGGAGGUGGAUUUGGCUCCUCAAAUAAUGCAUCAUCAAUAUUUGGAAAGACCAAUACUAAUCCAGCACCCGUGUUCGGUGGUACAGCGGCCUUCGGAAACAGUCUUGGUGGAUUCGGUACCGCAACGAGUGCCAAUUCCAUUUUCAGCGGCACGACGAAUACGUUGACGUCGUUCAGCAGCGUGCAGAACAACACACCAGCGUUUGGCACGUCCCAGAACAACUCAAUCUUUGGUCCCUCUCCGAGUGUAUUCGGUCAAAGUAACAACGUGUUCAGUGGGAAUCAGCUUGGCAAUACAUCCUCCACUUCUCUGUUUAACAGCCCGAUGACCUCGCAGGCGAAUAACUCCUUGUUUGGCAACCCGACGACCACUACGGCCAACUUGUUCGGUGGUAGCAGUUCAUCGAAUAGCUUGCAGACUAAUUUGAUUUUCGGUGGUCCAACUACUUCUUCCAACUCUUUCAGUGGCAAUAUAUUUAAUCAGUCAAAAACGCAAUUACCUGCAUUUGGUGGAGCGCCGGUCUUCGGGGGAAUAGCCAGCAGCAAUUACAGCAGCAAUUCCAGCAAUUCUAUAUUUGGUAGUCAAACGUUCGGCACACCUGCGAUGUCAACAAACAACAUUUUUGGUUCUCCCGCCGCUACCACGACGCCAGCUUUCGGUGCGCCAGCCUCUACUAUGACACCAGCAUUUGGUUCUCCCGCCGCUACCACGCCACCGGUUUUUGGUUCGCCCACCGCUUCCGCAGCACCGGCCUUUGGUGCAUCUGCCGCCUCCACAACGCCGGCUUUUGGCGCGUCUGCUGCUACCACUACGUCAGCUUUCGGUACAUCUGUCGCUACCACAACGCCAGGCUUCGAUUUGAAUCAACAAUCCAACAAUAAUGCUUUCGGAGCAGCGAUAUCCACCUCAAACAUCUUUGGUGCGCAGACUGACACCGCUAUGUCGAUGAGCAACAGCGCACCAUUUGGAGCACUAGCUACCGCGAUCAGCAGCCCAUUCGUCACUGCUAAUUCUCAGCAAUUUGAUCCGACAAAUAGCAAUUCAACGCCGUUUGCCGGCGCAGGAUUUGGCAUGGCUGCCACGAACACGAAUAACACGUUUGGUACAACAGCGUCAUCUUCCAAUUCGAUAUUUGCUAACGCAGGAACCACCUUCGCCACCUCUAACUCAACUGUUCCAAAUCCUUCGCCGUUUAGCAACGUAAACGCUUCUUUGCCAUUCGGCCCGACUAAUGGAACUGCUGCUGCAGCGACAGCAGUCGCAAAUCCAUUCGCACCACGUACGCUACAGAGCAAUGCACCGUUCGGGAAUGUACAAAACCAACUCAUUAGUACCUCAUCUCCAUUUGGGAAGUCGCCGUUUAACGUGUCUGCAACUAAUGUCAUUAUUGACGAUAUCGUUUACAGUGCGGAAGGCUCGUUAACGGAUGAUGAGAAGAGUAUGUACUUGGCUGAGAAAUUUAUUAUCGGCAAAAUACCGCUUAAACCUCCUACCAAAGACGUAAGAUGAUUUGAUAAUUGAUACAGUAACAUAGAGUUAAGCGUAUACUGUGAUAAGGAGGUGUGAGGCUCCUAGUUAUAAACAUUCAACCUUACGCUAUUCACUGUAUGCUUAAUUAUGUUUCUAGUGUAAAUUACAAUGAAAUAAAACUUUUAUUCUUACUUUAUUAA